UUUCUUCUUCCCCAUAUGCAGACGUUUCAAUAGUUUCAUCUUCCAUCAUCCUCUUCAAUUAUUACUUUGUAAAUUAGGCAUCUGCAACUUUUGUUCCUCAUCGCCUCCCUAAAGAUUCAUCUUCUUCGCCGGACCACAUCGGGGUAGAGACGAGCCUACUCACUCCCCAGACUAUGGUCGUUCUCCCCAAGGGACCUCCUCCUUGACAUGCUCCGUCGCUGAGUGGACCGUGGGAUUUGUCUUCAGUCUCCUCCAAUCUCCCAUUAAGCUUGGAUAACAGCGAUGAUGUUUCCUCUGACGCCAGAGGUUUCUCUUUGAAGCGUGUAAGCAUGUGAUCCUCGCUACAGUGGUUGAAUUUCAUCUUGGGGAACUUGUGCUCAAGGUAUUCUCGAAGGACAUGUAUUAGAGAGGAUGUGCUUAUAUAUAUUGUAGGUCCUACCCCGAGCCAUUGGGGACUUGCAUAUAAUGAGAAGAAUUUUUUUGAAUCUUUCAAUAGCACUUCUGCAUAUAAUGAGAUUCCCCCUAGAUGUUACCACAUUAUAAAGGCAUCUACAAAAGAGAUGUAGCGAGGACUGGAUCCUAAAUCAACCCCGUCACAGCACCAUAUACCAAGGUAUAUAUGGGCUACCAAACAUUUGUUUAUUAUGACUUUUUUUCAUAUUUAUAUACAAUGGUUAAGUUUUGUUCUACAUGUUUAUAUUCGAUAUAGUCAUUGUUCAAUUCUUUGAGUGUCUAAUAUCUUGAGAUGAUGAUGGAUCACUUGAAAGUUUUGUAAAUUUUGUAAAGAUCAAUCUAAACACUGCAUUAAAAAAUCAUAUGUUCCCUGUCAAAGAUAUAUAAAACUGGUUGAAUGAAGUUCAUUCUUUUCGAUGAGUAGGCUAAGAAGAAAAAGGGCAGCCUGCUGUUACCUUAGCUUGAAUGCCACAUAAAGGAGAAAAUGGGGGUAUUCUAAGUUUGUACCUAUUAAGAUAUUAAUUCUUAUGUAUCAACACUAUGAGAGUGGUUUAAAAUGGAGUAUAGUUAAUUACAACACAUUAAAUAUUUAUUCAUUAUUUUGUUUAAGUUAGUUGUACAUUAUGUAUUUAAAAUUACUUUUGUGCCCAUUUUAGUUAUAUUAAAAGUUGAUUACUACUCAUUUAUGAUAUGAUUUUUUUAAUGCCAUUUUAACCAACUUCAUCUUCUUUUUUACUACCGUCCUUGAGUAUUUGUCCUGCUUUGACUUUUUUUGGUUAAUUAUUUUCAAUCUUUGACUUAUAAUCAAAUAAUAUAUAUUUUAUGUUAAUUAGAUAAAAAUAUUUUGAAAAUAUUUGAUAUAAUAAAUCUAAUGAAGUUAUUUUCUAAUUAAUAUUUGAUAUCAUUUUUGUUUAAUUUGACAUCAAAUUUUUACCAAAUUUUACCAAAAAAAUCAAAAGUGUACAAAUACUCAGGGACAGAGGGAGUAUUAAAUAUACUUCGCAUUAAACUCAAGUACAAUAAUUAACCAUAUACCUAAUGCUUCACAUAAAGAAGUAUCAAUGGGAGCAGCUGAGAUUUUACAAGUUUACUUAUUCGUUUAGAUUACAAACCAUUACAUUGCUUAGAGCUAUGACUUUAUUUAGCUAUUACAUUCAUACUACGUGUUUCUGUGAAUUCAAACCUGAUAGGAUUCAGGUCAUCAGUUUAGCUUGGUCUUCGGUAAUUAUGCUUUCCCGCCUAAUGUAUGAUUUACAUAUACCUUUUGGUUGAUGAGUAGCAUUGGAGAAAGUUCAACUGCAGUAGUGAAUCAAUGGAUCCCGUGGAUGACAAUCCAAAAAAACGAGACAUUGAAGGUUUGGCAUAGUUAUCAUUGUAAAACUUUUGACUCUUAAAGCAUUAAAUUGUUUGAUUUAUUAUAAAUAUACACGAGACAAGUAUACCUUAAAUAUACAUGAGACUAAUACAACUUAAAGUAAACCAUAUCUUGAACCCAUUUGAACAAAAGUAUAAGCUGCUAUGGAACUACUACAAUGUUUUUAUUUAAAUCUAUUGUCUUUGGAAUAAAAUGGUGCCUUCAUUCUAAUGCCCCUGCUCUAGCACCUUUAUAUACAUUUAGAAUUUUUUGUUACCCAAACCUAAUAGAAUUGCAAAUUCCCACAUAAAGUAUUAAGUUUUCCUAGGCCUGCGAUAUCAUCAGUUUGUGAUAGAUGCUUUGUUUUAAAAGUAUGCUUCCUUUUUCCAUUGGUUUACCAUUUGUGCAGUAGCUAUAUUUACAAAUUAGACGAAUCAAUAUAGAUUUAAAAUGUUUCUACAUUCAUUCAAUUUCUAAUGUAUCAUGAAGUCAUACUCCUUCUAUCCUAUAAAAACGGAAUUGUGUAAUUAAAAAGAUGCAGAGAAGAGAAGUUAUAAUAAGGCCCGCAAAAUAAUUUUCACAAGUGAAAAGUGGAAAUUUAAAAAACAAGUGAAAAAAAUGUGAAAUUUGGGAAAAAAGAUAUGAGAUGGAUUGAGUAGUUCAUAAAGAGUGUAGGGAGAAGAUGGGAUGAGAAGCAUUGCUUCAACCCCUGGAUUUAGAAAAAUCUCAAAAUCUAGAAUUUGUCAUUCUCCUCUUUAUUUACUUCCGAUUUCAAGACUUUGCAAUUUACUCAUUAUACUUUUUAGGAACCUUCUCAUUAAUUUGAACCUUGGAGGACAUUGUUUUCUCAUUCAAAGAACCCUUUUUGUAUGUCUAUAAAGGUUCUAGAUAAAUUCAUUUAAUUAAUAGACACAUGAACAUACUCCAUAGACACGUGAAUAUAUACCUAGCCCGUGCGAAGCACGGGGUAAAAAUUUGUUCACGCAAAAAGACCCAUGUUCCCCAUUCGUUUGAUUUGGUUUAGGGAUAUUAAUUUUAAAUUUUGCAUGUUAUCACUCACAAUUCUAUGUUGAAUUAAGGCAAAGAUAUAAUGCCUCCCUUUGAAGCAAAUCACUCACACAUCACAGAAGGUAAAUAAAUAGGCAAAAACAAACCACAUUUUUGAUGCAUAACUCUGAAUCUAAAGGCAGGUGGAUUCACUGGAUGACGUCCAACACACAAUUAUAAUUUGCGUUUGAGUUUCUUCUAAUUUCUGUUGCAAUGGAGUUACUGGUUUUUCACAUGAGGAGUUCGACCUCGCUACAAUUAAUGGUGUAACGUCAGGUUUGUAAAUUUCCUCCCAAUUACUCGCAAUUAAGAUACAUCAUUAUUUGAGUUUUUCCGCCUGCCCAGGUUGUCAUUUAUUUGAGAUUUUCUACCUGUCUAGGUUGAUUUUCUUCCUUUGUUUGUAAUAUAUAAGGAUGUUCGUGAGAAACAGGUGUGAGCAUAUAGUGAAGCAGAGGUGAGAUACGUAGAAAAAUAAAUUGCAGGUAUUUUU